AUGGGUAGACGCCAAACAGCCCUCUCGCGAUCAAUCCAGCGGGCAUUAUUCCGCGACCCAGACACCUUCCGCAAAACACUGAUCGGACGCAUCCUCGCCUUCUUCAGCCUGUUCUACAUCAAACUAAUCCGCUACGGCCACAAGACCUUCCGCACACUACGCAAUGACGUCUGGCAGAUCGACGAGGCCGAAUACCGCGCGUCCUUCCGCAGCGAAGACUGCACGCACCCGCUCACCCCGAUGGGGGACAUGGGGUUCUCCGGAUCGACCUUCUUCAGCACGCAAAACGGUAAGUUCCUAAUCAAGAGCUUACCCCGCCACUUCGAGCACUCCUUCUUCCGCGAGGACCUCUUCCACCCGUACUACGAGUACAUGCGCACGCACCGCGACACGCUCCUGGUCUGGAUCACGGAUUACCUGUACGCGCCGUACGCCACGCUGGGCAGCCUGGUCCGCACCACGCCGGCGCACCACAUCAUCAUGGAGAACGUGCUGUACGGGCGCGUCGACAACGCCGGCUGGGAGACCUACGACCUCAAGCCGAUCGACUACUUUUACCCCGAGCGCGACCUCGUCCCUGAGCCGCUUGUCAGCGAAGAGACGCUGAGCCGCCUUGCGGAUGAAUUCCCGGAUAAGAUACGGUUGAGGCACGCGGACUGCGAGGCGUUUCGGCGGGCCAUCGCGGAUGACACGCAGUUCCUGUGUGAGGCGAACGCAGUGGAUUACUCGCUGUUCCUGGUAUCGCGCGGUGCUGUUGGAUUUCUUCUGGGCGAAGCAUAA